AUUUGUAUUUUUACCGAAGUUGUGAUCAGAAAUUAUCACACAAAAUAAAACACCUUCCAAGUCUUAAGAUUCGGUCGUCUUCUUCGUCUUCACCAACUUUCCAACACCGUUAAUGGCACUUUCCACCUCUCUGAACCCGAUGCCCGCCGUCAAGUUGGCUGAGCAUCGCAGUUCACCGCCCCAAUCUCACGGCGUUUUAGGUUCAAAAUUUUCUUAUUCAAAGCCUUCUCAGUUCCAUGGCCUCAACAUCUCAACUUUUUUCUUCACCUCAUCGAGAUCCUCUAAGCGCUUCUCUACCACAGCCUUCUUCUUCAAAAAGAACAAGCCGGCCGAACCAGCUACUCCCAAACCCUCCCGAGUUCAAGAGCUCCACGUUUAUGAACUCAACGAGAGAGAUAGGAGCAGCCCUGCAGUUUUGAAACUGAGUCAAAAACCUAUAAACUCGCUGGGUGAUCUGGUCCCUUUCACCAACAAGCUCUACUCCGGUGACUUGCAGAAAAGGAUCGGCAUAACGGCCGGUCUCUGUGUGCUGAUCCAGCACUUUCCGGAGAAAAAAGGCGACCGAUAUGAAGCCAUUUACAGCUUCUACUUCGGCGACUACGGCCAUUUAUCUGUCCAGGGGCCCUAUUUAACGUACGAGGAUACAUUCUUGGCCGUGACCGGAGGAUCUGGGAUUUUUGAAGGAGCAUACGGCCAAGUAAAGCUGCAUCAGAUAGUUUUCCCGAUGAAACUUUUUUAUACUUUCUACUUGAAAGGUAUACCGGAUUUGCCAGCUGAUCUACUAGGGAAUCCGGUUCCACCGUCCCCGGCCGUCGAGCCCUCGGCGGCUGCUAAAGCGACCGAACCUCAUGCUACCAUCCGUAAUUUUACAAAGUGAUUUAGAUCGGAACUUCACUAUCUGAUCAGUUUUCCGGAGCACUAUCGUUGAACUAUGCGGUUUAGAUCUAAAGCUGUCUUGUACUGUCCCUCUGUUUAGGUUAAUCUUUGUUGUUGUUGUUGUUUUUAAUUAUUUAUUUUAUAUU